AUGGCAGACAACUGGGACGACAGUGACGACGAUUGGGAUGCCGACGACGAUGAAAUUGACAAAAAGUUGGGUCUGGUGAAAAAUAAUGAGCCCAACUUUGCAGAUGAAGAGGAUCUGGCCCUCAAGGAAAAACAAGACGCCGAAAAGGCAGCUCAGGAACAAAGCAAGAAAAAGGGAAAUGCAUUGAAAGCCAGAAAAGAAGCCGAAGCCGCCAAACAGGAAGAGAUAGAAUUGGCGAAGCGACUCAUGGAAUUGGAGGCCGAAGAAGAAGCCAACAUGACUCCCGAUCAACUCCGUCUCAAGGAGCGAAUGAGAAUUGAACAAGCUGAUAAUGCGUUGACUGAUGACCUAUUUGGUGGAGUGGAUGACAACAAGGGAAAGGCCGCCGCUGCGAGUGGGGUUGGGGCUGACAAGUUGGUCUUGACGGAUCUGCCAUCGCAUUUGAAACAUGCCAGAAAGUGUGCUGGUGCCAUGAGAGAUCACGGCAAAGUCUACUGGACCAAAGCAUUCAUUGAUGAAUUGAUCAAGGAGUCUAAAGACACACUGGAUGCUGAUGCCAUUCAAGACAUUAUCAAGACCUGCAAUGUCCUCAAAAAUGAAAAGGUACAGGCUGCCAAGCGAAAGGUCAAGGGACAGGCACAAAAGGCCUCAACCAAACGCGACAAACAAAAAGAACAGGAAGCACAACGGAAACAAGCUGAACUUUUUGGUGAUUCCAACCAGUAUGAUUCAUACGAUCAAAUUGGAGAAGAUUAUGAGGACGCAUUCUUCUAA